UGGUUCACGUCACCUUUGAACACAGCACGCCUGCUCAACAACUCAGAGGUGAGGCACCUCACGCUGGUCCACUGUGGCCUCAGAGGGACUCCUUUGUCUUCCAUGGAGGGGCAUUUUGCAGUGCAGCACCUGGAGAGGCUGACUGUUAUGAACCUGCUGCAAUGGCCAGAUCAUAACUUUCCAGAUGCAAACAAAGCAAAAAACACAGACUUGAAUGGUGAUCCAGGUACAGACAAUGGUGCCCACCUGGACACGAACAGAUAUAACAAGGAAACAGACACAAACCUGGAUCUGGUUGUGGAUAUGAUGGGAGAUUACUUAGCGUCAUCCUCACCCCAGAUUCAGGACCUCUACCUGGGAAGGGAGCUGGGAGCUCCAUAUCACGAACAGGCCAGGCUGGGAAUCAUCCACAGCUCUGUGCUGGAGUGGGGAGCAGCGGUCAAAGCCUACACAGUCCAGACUCACAUCAACACUGACGGCAUGCUGCCCUUCCCUGACCUCCACCUGCCAAAAUUACCAGAAACGUCUAUCAUAUAUGUCAGCUUUGUGUACUAAGACAACGUCACUUUCUUUAGGACAGCAAGAGGAAGACUCUUCAGUGUUUAGGAUCUGUAAACACUCACUCACUGGCUUCUGUUUUAAGAAUUUGGAGUCUGUUUUGAUGCCUCUAAGUACUACGCAAUGCACCUUUAUAGAGGGGUUUAUAGUGAAGUGUCUCCAAUCUGAUGUUUGGAUAGAAGGCUUCUCCCUGAUACAGCAUCAAGGAAAUGUGUGAGAAAGUUAAACAUUUGUAACUGAAGUCAUUUUACAGGACCCGAGAAAGCGGCUGAUUUCUAUGUGUUUGAGACCAUGAGCUAAUUAUUUUUCUUUCGAUAAAAAAGGGAAAUCUUGAGAAAACAAAAAGAUAGUUUCUUGGAAUUCAGCAAGUGGUAGGUGUUUAAGAACGAACGCUCCGUGUUAGAAGAAGCCUGAAAGCGGCAAACAAGAAUUUUCCUCAGUUUAUAAACCGCAAAGGAAAAUGAAUCUGCUUUGGAAACUUUCUAGUUGCUUUUACUUUUGAUCUCCAGAGCAAAAUUUGCACACACAAAAAUAACAACAGAAAUCUCAGUCAGUUUCUCUUGUCCGAGAGCUUUAAUCAUUUCAUUCCCUAGUGGCCUGAAACUUUGCACAGCUGUGCAUCAGCAUGUUAGAACAGAAUAUGCCAGCUAAUGAGAGGCCUUUUGAGGGAGCCAGAAGAGCUGCCAACCCCUUUCCAGCUCAAGUGUUCUUUGUUUCCAAAUGUUGUUUAUGCUAAAUUGAUGGUGUUUGCCUUUCCAAUUGUUCAAAUUUUAGUGAAAAUAAUUGUGGAGUUCAUCAUUUUUUCCUCAGCACCACAGGAAGGAAAAUUUAACCUUCAAUUAGCUCUGAUUAUGUUGCUGAAAAAAACACCGAAAGCAAGGAUGAUGACUUACAGUUUACAUACGAAAGACAGAGAAAGAGAGAAAGAAUGAGAGAGAGAGAGAGAGAGAGAGAGAGAGAGAGAGAGAGAGAGAGAGAGAGAGAGAGAGAGAGAGAGAGAGGCCAGUAACAUUAAGCUGAUUUCUUUUUGUUGCAGCAGCAUGUAUUCCUUAAAACUCUGCUUUGAACUUCUACACUCUGACCUUUGACCUCCUUGCUUAAGCAGAGAUAACUACCACCUCUGGCAUUGAUGAACAAUACAUCAGUGGUUGUAUCUGUCAAACAAGUGGUGAUCCAAAUGUGAAAUUUAACUUUGCUCACAGAAUCGAGCCACAAGAUGGCAGCAGAUAUAUUUCAACAAACGAGAGACGACCUGAGCUGACACUGACAGCUUAAGGGAAAAAAAAGGUUUAUUUCUCUUUUUGAGGGACAACACAUGAAGAAACCAGAAACCAGAGGUAUCAUGAUGCAUCUCAGCACUUUAAUAACUUGUGAAGAAUGUUGUUUGUUAGUAAUGAUGAACCUUACUGAGUGUUAAUAAAGUAUGACCAGAUGUUUAUCUGUGUCUAAAAAGUGAAA